GUUUUAAAAAUAAAGACUCCAAGACUUGGGAGAACUCAGGUCAGGUCAGGGACAUUGUGUUUUUCCAAUCGACCUCCGGACCUUCAGAUCCGACCAUCGUUGCAUCACCGCCAUGUUAUCCUCCGUCCGCUCUUUCUCUCUAUCCGUCUUCAUUUUCUUCGUCUUAUUCUCCUCUCUCGCCUUCGCUUCCGAGUCAGAUCAUAAGUAUCAACCGGAUGAUCCAAUUACCCUAUGGGUAAAUAAAGUUGGACCAUAUAACAAUCCACAAGAAACUUAUAACUAUUACAUCCUUCCGUUUUGUCAUCCGGGUGUCAAUCCUGCGCACAAAUGGGGUGGCCUUGGUGAGGUCCUUGGUGGAAAUGAACUGAUUGAUAGCCAGAUUGAUAUAAAGUUUCGAAAGAAUGUGGACAAAGGUACCAUUUGCCAACUGGAACUUGAUGAAGCUAAGGUCAAGCAGUUCAAGGAUGCUAUUGAGAACAGUUAUUGGUUUGAAUUCUUUGUGGAUGAUCUGCCUUUGUGGGGCUUUGUCGGUGAGCUGCAUCCUGAUAAGAACAGUGAUAAUGGCAAGCAUGUCCUCUACACACAUAAGAACGUUGUUAUUAAAUACAACAAGGAUCAGAUUAUUCAUGUCAAUCUCACCCAGGGGAGUCCUAAACCCUUGGAAGCAGGGAGAGUAUUGGACAUGACAUACUCAAUCAAAUGGCUUCCAACUAAUGUCACUUUUGCUCGUCGCUUUGAUGUUUAUUUGGACUACCCUUUCUUUGAGCACCAAAUUCAUUGGUUCUCUGUUUUCAAUUCAUUCAUGAUGGUUAUCUUUCUCACUGGUUUGGUCUCAAUGAUCUUGAUGCGAACUCUGAGAAAUGACUAUGCAAAGUAUGCCCGGGAAGAUGAUGAUUUGGAAACUUUGGAAAGGGAUGUAAGUGAAGAGUCUGGUUGGAAACUUGUCCAUGGUGAUGUUUUCCGGCCUCCCUGUGGUUUGGUUCUGCUUUCUGCUGUUGUUGGCACCGGUGCACAGCUAGCAUUGCUUGUUCUCCUUGUCAUCUUAUUGGCAAUUGUGGGAACUUUGUAUGUCGGGAGAGGAGCAAUUGUCACUACUUUUAUAUUGUGUUAUGCUUUUACAUCGUUCAUUUCUGGUUAUGUGAGUGGUGGAAUGUACUCGCGUAAUGGGGGUAAAAGUUGGAUAAAGUCAAUGAUCCUUUCAGCGUCUCUGUUCCCAUUUUUGUGUUUUGGGAUUGGUUUCAUCUUGAACACAAUUGCUAUAUUUUAUGGAUCCCUAGCUGCUAUUCCUUUUGGUACAAUGGUGGUGGUUUUCGUAAUUUGGGCUUUCAUUUCAUUCCCCCUGGCUCUUCUUGGUACAGUUGUUGGGAGAAACUGGAGUGGUGCUCCAAAUAAUCCAUGCCGUGUGAAGACCAUUCCUCGCCCAAUUCCGGAGAAGAAAUGGUAUCUUACACCCUCUGUGGUCUCCUUGAUGGGAGGACUUCUGCCGUUUGGCAGCAUAUUUAUUGAAAUGUAUUUCGUCUUCACAUCCUUCUGGAAUUACAAGGUUUAUUAUGUCUAUGGAUUUAUGCUGCUGGUGUUCCUGAUUCUGGUCAUUGUAACUGUCUGUGUGACAAUUGUGGGGACAUAUUUCUUGCUGAACGCUGAGAACUAUCACUGGCAGUGGACAUCAUUUUUCUCUGCUGCCUCGACAGCAGUGUAUGUGUAUAUGUACUCUGUAUACUACUACUAUGUGAAAACCAAGAUGUCAGGCUUCUUCCAGACCAGUUUCUACUUCGGAUACACUUUGAUGUUUUGUCUUGGUUUGGGAAUCCUUUGCGGAGCUGUUGGUUAUCUUGGUUCUAAUUUGUUUGUAAGGAGGAUCUACAGAAACAUUAAGUGUGACUAGAACUUUGCUAAUGGAUAUUAGAACCAGCAGCGCUUCCACAAGCAUUUUCAGUUGUCGAGGCAAUAAACAUGGAGAGGUAGCUUCUUGUCAGGUAUGAGGAACCAAGCAAAGCCUCAAGAUGAAACUGGAAGCCCUGAGAUUUUUGUUUUGCCUUCGAUUUUACUCGCCUGUAAUUGGAAGCCCUGAUUUAGAAUAUAGAAAGGUAGCUAAAAUAUUAAACAACUGUCAUUUGUUAUACUUCUGUUAUACUUUUGUCCUUGAUCCCUUUGCAUAUAGAUGUGUCCAAUGUAAGAAUUUAUGUUAAAUUUCUGUUGGAUUUGUUUUGUUCUUUCUUUCGGGGAUAAGGAACUUAAAUCAAGGAAAUCGUUAAA